CCUCACAUACGCGCAAAAAGUAAACAUGCGCUUUAGCGGAGCAUUGACAUCGUCGACUGUCUGACCUUUGGACUUCCUUUGGGAAUGUUGGAACAAGCGAGCCGACUUAGGUUACAUAGUAGGUCAGAUUGUAGCCAAUUCCGAUUACCUUCGCUGCCAUGUCAGCCUUUGCUGCGGCGUCGGGCGACGACAGCAUUCGGGCGCGACAUCACCUGCGAGCCGCCCGGUGUGGCAAAGGCGGGCAGCAUUAACUACAGCUCAAAGCAUGUUGUCGUAAGCGAACCGAAUCGCACAACGUCCCCUGCUGCCGGACUUAACGCGGAGCAAAGGGCUGCUGCGCUUACCGAUGAGCAAUACGUUCGCAUCAAGGCGGGUCCCGGGAGCGGCAAAACCCGCACCAUUGUGGCUCGCGCCCACCACCUCAUCACACAACGGGGCGUCCUGCCCUCCGAAAUCUUAGCAAUCACAUUCACGAACAAGGCAGCGAAGGAGCUCAAGGAAAGGCUUGCGGCUGCUCAGCCUGUUCCAAGGGUGGAUAGCAGCAGCAGGGGAGGAAACCCCGCGGAUGGAAGUGCCUCGAUGGAAGCCCUCAAGGCGGGGGAUGUGAUGGCCGUGACGUUCCACGGCUUGGGAGCUAGGAUCAUGAGGCAGGUACUGCGACAGUUUCCCCAACCCGGCUUGGACGCCCGCUUCAAGAUCCUGGAUACCGG